UCCUCUAUGACCCGUCCGUCGUUACGUCCUUAUAAAUAUUUGCAGACGAGUAAGCGAAAUUUUGAUGUUCAAAAUUCAAAUAAACAAAGAAGAUGAGAAAAUGAGAGAUUAGGGUUGAUGGGUUAUGGAAGGAAAAGCCAAAUCUCCUCCGCUUUGGAGGUUUUCACGUUAAAUCCAAUGCCAUAUAGGGUUCUGCUAAUUUUAGGGUUAGUUUCAAUGUUCUUGGGAAUCUCAUGGUACUCUUCCUACGAAUCCGCUGUGGAGACUACACAGGAACAGAUGAGUCUCGUACUCAUCGUUACACCUUUACUUUUAUUGAUCGUCAUUCGUUGGCUUUCAUCCAUGGAGAACCCUAAUGGCCUUUUCUUCUCUAAUCAUCGGAGGAUGACCACCACCCACCACCACCACCAUCCGCCGGAGGGAAGCUCUCCUUGGGGCGUCGCCGCCUUGAUUGUGGUUUUGCUUAUCAUGAUCUCCUAUCAGUCCACCUUCCAUGACAGUUGGUUCAUUUGAAGAACUUUUUUUCAAGUAC